GGUGGACCAGGAGCUCUGGGAGUGGCUGCUGCAAGCCUUCCCGCAGGAGCUCUCGGCGGAGGCGCAGGUGUGCCAGCAGGUGCUGGUGCCCGGCCAGACAUGCAGGGCCUCCCUCCGCGACGCGCUGUCGUACCACGGUGCCCAGCUGAGCUCAGCGGAGGUGGAGUGCGCGCCUCACGGGGCGCUGCGGGGCUGGAUGCAGACCGCGGUGCUGGCCAUCCAGCGCAGGACUCCCAGCGCCUCCGCACCCGAGUGCUGGCAGACCUUCCUCGCCACCUACCGCGCAGCAUGGGCCCGCCGCCACCCGCCCCUAGGCCUCGUCCUCCGCCGCAGCCCAGUCCAACCCGCCUCCUCCUCCUCCUCAGCCGCCUCCUCUGAAUGGCUGGGGCUGGCACGCGGCGGGUCGCUGCUGUGCAUGCUGCGUCGCGGUACGGCAGUCGAGGCGCUGCAGGCGGCGGCGGAUGCGGUGUGUCCGCUGGAACUGCCGCCGCACUUGGAUGCCGUACAUCGGUGUGCUGCGGAGGCGGGGGCGCUGCUGGGCCCGCUGGCGCAGGAGGCCUGUCUGGCGCUGCUGGUGGCAGGUGUAGAUCCCCUGGAGCGGCUGAUGCCUCGGCUCUGUGAGCUCUGGUUCGGAGGUCCGGACACCUCUGGGGGCAGCAGCGCCGGCGCCAGCAGCACCUCUACAGGUGGAGCAGCCGGCGGCGGCGGCGGCAGUCGUGCCGCUGCGCUCACAGAUAGUGCGCGGGAGGCGCAGCAGAGGUGGCGGCAGCGGCGGCAGCAGCUGGUGAUCAGCAUGGGGCAGCGUCUGGGCGGUCUGAGCAACGUGGCAGCGGCCGUACAGUCCUACCUGGGUUUGUUGAGGCUGCUUGACACCCAGAGUGCUGCGGAGCUCGCGGCGGCAGGGGCGGCAGGCGGCGGUGCUGCUGCUCCCAGCAAGGCCACAUCCUCUUUCCUGGUUGCAACAUGCCGACAGGUAUCUCGGGCCGCCGCCGCCGCUGCACGCGACGCCGCGCUGCUGUUGGGUCUUGUACGACAGCAGUGUACGACACUGGGAACGGUUUCCCUGGAUCGUACGGCACUUGCACGGCUUGAGGAGGCUCUGCUGCCGGAGGCGUGCGGGCUGCUGCGGCGGUCAGCGCUGGGGCUGUGGCUGACGGGAACACCCUCGUCUCAGGAUGAGGCAACGGACAUGGAGCCCGCCCUCAACGCCCUGCGUCACCUGCGACUGGGCUCCUCAAACGCUGCUGCUGCUGCCGCUGCCAAACGAGGAAGCGGCGGCGGCGGCGCCGCUGCUCACGGAGCCACGGCCGCAGGCACCGGUGGCGCCGCUGCCGCAGCCGCCGGGGAUAACGGCAGCGGGAACAGCAGUGGAGGUGGUGGCGGGGAUGUGUCGUUGGCAGGCCGGCUGCUGCCUGCGUUCUGUGGCGUGUACGGAGCGAGCCGGGGUCGCAGGGUGGAGGUGUUGGCGGGAGCGGAGGCGGCUGGACUGCUGUUUACACUGUACCUGCAGUACGGCGAGCAGCCGGGAGCCUCCCUGGCGGGCAGGGUGCUGCAACUGGGGUACCAGCUGUUCCAGGCUGGCGAGUACGGCAACCUCGCUGAGCUGUCCGCCCUCGCUGGCGCCACCGGCAGCGCUGAGGCAGGUCCGCAAUUCCUCCGCGGACUCGGCAUCACAUGCGCCCUGGCGUUGGAGAGGCAGGGGACCGCGGGUACCAGCGGUACCGGCCCGCAUCCUACUGCCGUACAGCAGCAACAGCAGCCGGCUGCGGCUACGGGGGGAGCGGGAGGAUCGUACGGCAGUACGACAGCGGUUGCAGCAGCUAGACGGGCGGAGCGGAUUGCGGAAGCUGCGGGGUGCUUCUUCCGUGCGGCAGCGGGUCUUGCCACCGACGCGGGUGAAACGCUGCGGAACAUCCUCCGG